AUCAAAAGAAAGAGAUUCUUUUCAUGAAGAUCUUGAAUUAUGGUUACUCGAUGAAUUCGAACUUGACGAAAAGUAUAGACCUAAAGAUUAUAAAAAUUGUGCUGAAAAUAUUGACAUAAUACGUGAUGGGGAAUGGCUCGGUUCUAUUGCGGAGUGUAGAAGAAAAUAUAUAAAGAACCAAUUAGCUCCAAAAGUGGACAAGAGUAAAGUCUCUUCAGUUGAUGAUGAACUUUUUAAAAAGCUUAUUGAUGUUUCAAAUAAUUUCUGGGAGGAAUUUGAAAAGAAUUCAUUAUCUUGCGUAUGUCCAGUAAUGGUUGAUAAAGAGCCAGUCAUCGUUGCAUCAGUGUACUUACCCGAGGAUUCUAUAGUUCCUCAUGGGGUCGGAGAUACUGGUAGCAGCCAGGCAGCCUUGAUAAUGUAUGUAUUCAAUAGUGUUCCGCAAAAAAUUUGGUUCGUUAGAAUUCAACCUGCAAGAAGAGGCUGGAAUGACCACCAUUCGAUCACGCUUGAAUCCGAUGUUAGAGUUUUGCGGGACAUUAGUACUCAACAAAUACAAACGCUUAUUACACCUGAUGGUACAAGAACCGAGUUUAAUGAGGAUCAAGCUCUCUUACCAAAGAUUAAUUACGAGCCACCUUCAAGGAAAUUGCUUCGAAUUUGUUUCAUUAUUUUUUCAUCUUUUAUCGUACCGAUAUUUUUUCGCUUUGUAGGAAACACGUAUGUUGAUAUCGCAACUAUUUUUGUUGUAACUUGUAUGGCAGUAUAUUUGCAUGAAAGAGAAUACUCAGAAAGAAAUCGUAAUAUUGUAUGA